AUGCAGAACCACAUAUAUCGUCUGAGAUACAUGUGUGAAGAAAACAGUAUUGGAUGGAGUGAUUCAAGCCACAUGUUAGAGGUAAGAGACGAUGUUUGGAAGGCAUCUCUGAAGUGUUACAUAGUGCGCCCACCCCAACUAGGGAGAAUUCAUCGCAGCCAUGUAGAAGUGGAGAAUAAAAUUGAGAUUUGUGGUGAAACUGGAGGUCCCGAACACCAUUUAUCCUCGACGCAACAUUGUAAAAGUAGUGCACUGGGGAAAGAGAAACAAGGCACAGAGAGGAAAAAUAUAAGCGAUGUGGAAGAGCGCUUCGCGAAUUUGUUAACCUCUUUUUGCGACAAGACUGAUAACAAAUUUUCUGAAUUGGUUACCCAAAUUGUUGUCCACCAUGAUGAUAAGGAACUAUGGAAGUCCGUGUACGAUGCGCUAAAUGGCAUACUAUUUUUUACGAUUCAACUAAAACUUAUUGUUGCAAAGUAUUUAUGCAAGAACACUGAUGAGAUGGAUUUGUUAUUUCAGUCUGAAAGAAGAUGCAAAGUUGCAAAUGGUGCAAAUGAUUCUUGA